CAUCGUCGCCAUCCCUCGAGCCCUCGCCGCGAUGCAGGUCAUCACACACCUUCAUCAACCUUCGGCUCAGCUAGGGUCGCUGUCGUUGCCCAGCUUUCUGCCGCUGCCAACUCUCUGCAUCGUCAAGCACUCCACGCUCGAAUUUCUAGCACUCCCUUCUCCCGGUGGAGAGGAUGAAGCACCUCUACUGGCCAAGGUCGCUCAGGCCAACUUCAAUGCUCGAGUACUCCAGAUUUCGCCUUUCAGCAAUGGCACCCGCCUUGCUGUACUGACAGAUCAUCACAAUCCCAGACUCAUCGUCCUCCAAGCGGGAGAUGCCGCUGAGCAGGCGGCCUCAUCAUCAUCAUCGUCGUCAACGCCCCGCUUCAACAUCGUUUGUGACCGCUCCAUCCUCCUCGAUGAGAUGACUCGCCCGCCUGCAGAGCUCGGCUUGGGGGUUUGGACCAUCUCUGCGCCCAAUGAUGAAGUGAUUGUGACGCAUGUCCACUCGGGCGUCCUCAAAGUGCUCCCGGUAGGAAAGGCUAAGUCGAAGGCAGCAUCCUCGCAGAUGGCGCUCAACACUUUCACGACAAGACUGCCUCACCCCACACUCCUGUCUGCGACCCCCUUGUCUUUGGAUGACGAUCGCCUCGGAAUAGCCCUCUUGUCCAUCAACUCUACACCCUCGCGACUUCCAGGCUUGGGAACUCAAUGCCUCCCUGUCUUGUCCUUCCACGCCGUCGAUCAAAAGCAGCAGCAGCUCAUCCCGCUUCCUUGGGGACCAGAGCGCAAGGUGCCACCAAUGGUUGAGGAGGCAACGGGCGAGUCGUCCACCACCUCGCCUCGUAGGCGAUCAUCGUCAUCUCAGCAGCAGCAGCAGCAGCAGCAGCCUCAAAGCUCCUCUCGCUCAGGCAAAGGUGGACCACAAGCAAUGGGUCGCACCUUGACCGUCGAGCAGGCCAAAGCCCGCGAGCAGUCUCUCGCCAAGUCAAAACUCACCCGAGCCCACGUUACUCUGCCGUACGCUGAUGCGCUUGGCGCCCAUCUCAUCACCGCCUUGCCGAAAGAAGCUGGGAGCUACGUACUCGUCUGGAGCGAGACGAGUGUGCUGAUCGUCUCGCCUCCACCGUCCUUGGACGACGAUGACGACGACGAAGAAGCCAACCGUGUUACAUCGUCCAAGUCACCCGUCUCAUCGGGUAAAAGACGCAAAGGCUCGAUGAGCACAGCGGCAGCAGGGGCUUCAGCAGCGUCCGCAUCGUCUCGCAAGGCUUCUAUCUCGAGCGGGAAGCAGGCAGACAACGGAGCAGGAUCGACAGACGCAUCGAUGCUCGCCACCUCGCCCACUUCCACCGCCAACGAAUACGGCAAGCGCCGUCGCGGCUCAACCAAGACUUCUGGCGCCAGUCAAGAAGAUCCCUCGAGCAUGGACGUCGACGAUGCUGCCCCGUCCAAGUCGGCCAAGUCUGGCUUCUCCGGGCUGAAGAUUCUGCGACUUAGCCUGCCACGACCUGUUCAGGUAGCAGCAGCCGCUAUCGUCCAAGAGCCAGCUGCUUCCAGCGCGCUUCAAGUCGACGAGGCUGGCAUGGGCGCCUCUAUCAACGUCAUCUUCGGCACAUCGGCGGGACAUCUCAACAAUCUCGAGGUCAGUCUCGCCCGCGACUCUACCAGCAAGCCCUGGUCGCCCAGCAACAUGCGCGUCACUCGUGUUGGCGAUAUUCCUAGGCCUCAGGGUCCCAACUCGCUUGCCUAUCUCGGAGAAGGCAUCAUCCACGUCGCAAGCGCCAGCGGUGACUCCGUUGUGGUCCAGCUCGCAGCUCCAACGUCCGACGAGACCGAGUCAGCAGGAGCUGAUGUCGAGAUGAUCCCCCUGCCAACAUCUCCUGUCGCAACACCGCGUCGCAAGGCAUCGGGCGCCGCCAAUACCUCCCUCGGAUCAGCUAGCGCUGCUGCCGCCGCUUCCAGCCGAGCCGCGUCUUCGCCGGACCUCCCCCUGUCCCCUCACACGAUCCAAACUGUGCGCACCUUCACGUCUCUGGCGCCCAUUCUCGACUUUAUCAUCGACGGCAAUGCCCUCGACGCCGGUGCUGGAGGAGGAGCGCAAGGUCGCAUUGUUGCAGCCUGUGGCACUGGGCCGGACGGUGCGCUCGCAAUCGUCAAGAAUGGCGUCACGCUAAAUGAAGUUGGCUCACUCGAUGUGCCCGACGCCAGGCGCGUGUGGGCUGCUCCUCUCGCUGAUGGAAGCUUUGCGCUCGUCUGCGGUUUUGCCGAACAUACAGGGGUGCUUGCAAUGGGUGGAAGUGGCGUUGAGGAUGUGACGGACAAAAUCGGGGACGGCAGCUUGGCACAGAGUCGCACGGUUGGCGCAUACGCACUGAGCGGAGGCGACAGAUGGAUUCACGUCUCUGACAAACGCCUGGCUGUCAUUGAUGCCGCAUCUGGGCAGCAGGUGACGGAGUGGGACCCGUCAGCGACGACGGACGCUGGCUCCGCUGCCAUCCUGGCCGUAAGCGUCGAGCGAGACGGUGUCCUCGUCGGACUCAACGGCGGGCGUGUCGUACUGCUCACCGUCGAAGGCGGAGCAGUCCAAGUCGUCGGCUCGCUAACCCUGCCAAACGAGGUCUCGUGCCUUCACAUGGUCCACGGCCUCGCUGCCAUCGGGCAAUGGAACACGAACACCGUGCGUCUCUUCUCUCUGCCCAACUUCCAGGACGUGACGCCAAGCAGCAUGAAUAGCGAGUCGGGACUGGGAGCUCUGCCUCGUAGCUGUCUCAUACACCGCUUUGCCUCCAGUGACGAGUCGACGGCAUCCACAGCCCCACUUCAUCUUCUCAUCGGCCUCUCGACUGGCGCCGUCCUCUCCUACAUCAUGUCUCUCCCCACGCCCGACUCCUUCUCUAAGACCAUCGGCCUCUUCGACCGCAAGACCUCCGCACUGGGGCGACGCCCUCUCUACCUCACUCCCUUCCAGACGACACUGGGCAAGGACGCCGUGUUGGCGACGAAUGGCGAGUCUUCGACUGUCCUCUGGGCCGGGGAGGGCGGAAGGAUGUCCAUGUCGGCGCUUGCAUAUCCGAAUGUUCUCGCAGCUGCACCGCUGAAUGCUAGUCGAGCAAACGCAGAGGCAGCCGCUCUGGUGCUCUCCCUGCCUACUGGCCUGCAAAUCAGCUCGGUCAGCGAGAUCGACCAGCUGGAUAUCAGCAAGGUACAGCUCGGCCUUGACAAUCCCAAUGGAGUCGCUGGCGUUCAACUGGAUGAGCGCGGUGUUGCACAGUACUUUGCCGUCACGACAACCCCCUACAAACCGGAAGGCUCUGCCACUCGUGAGCAACGUGCCUCUAAGCUCCUUGUCUACGGUGCCGUCGAGCUCGAUUGUGUCGCGGAACAUGCCCUUUACCCGCAAGAGCGCGCCAACUGUGUCUCAUCUAUUGUGCUGGAUGACCAAGAGUACAUCGUCGUGGGGACGGGCUUCGUCAAGCCGGACGAGACUGAGACGACCGAUGGGCGUGUGCUCGGUUUCACACUGGAUCGCGGCUCCGGCGGCAAAGCUCCAGUUCUGCGCAAGGGUUUCGAGCACAACGUCAAUGGCAAUGUGUACGCGCUGGCGUCCGCGGCCGGCAAGCUGGUUGUUGCCGUCAACUCGGAGGUGGUCACCUUUGGCUUCAUCGACCCUGCGCCGGACAAUGAAGAGGACGACUACGCGCAGGAGUACACGGAGCGCCUCUUCCGUCCGCUCUCCAAGUGGGGUUGCGCAUUUGUAGCCUGUACCCUCUCCCCGAUUCGGGACCAGCCGGACCGUAUUGUCGUCGGCGACGGGUUGCGCUCCCUCUGCGUGUUGCAGGUCGAUGCAGGCUCCUCCGCUUCCUCUACCGGCACGAGCAAGCGCCGCGCUACGGGCCGCCUGACAGAGGUGGCGCGUGACUGUGAUCCCUUCUGGACCACGGCCGCCUCCUCCCUCGAUUCUGCAACCCAGACCUUCAUUGGAGCGGACAUCAGCUUCAACCUCUUUACAUCGCAACGGGCCAAGCUUUCUGCCGAGACGAAGAGAAGGAUCGAGCGCGAGGCCGAGAAACGACGGGAGAGGGCUGAGCGUGGUGACUCGAGUGCGCGCCUCGCGAGCUCCAAUCAGGCGCCUCUGCCUAAUUUGGUAGACGAGGAGGGGGAUUGGAGCCAUGUCAUGGAGAGGAGGGGUGGGUGGCACUACGGUGAUAUGAUCAAUCGCUUUAGGGAGGGAGCACUGGUUGUGCCCGCCGCUGCCUCCUCCUCCUCCUCCGCCGGCGCUCCAGCAUCAGACGAAGGCGGAGCUGCCUUGCCAGCGCCCAUCAAUCCCCGCCUCAUCUUCGCGACUAGUGCCGGUGCCAUAGGCAUCAUCUCCUCUGUCCCUUCUCCCGCAGUGGGCAAGACUCUGACAGAAGUAGAGCGCAACCUUCGCAGCGUACUUCCCCUCCCUUUGGGCGGUAUCCCCUACGAGGAGUGGCGCACGCUUCGCACAGAUCAUCGUACGAGCGCACCGGCGGGCUUCCUGGACGGAGACCUGCUUCUGCGUUACGUUGGAGCAGAGCUGGGCAAUGAGGGCAGGAGGAGGGUACUCCAGGGUGAGGAAGGGAAUGGUAUAGGCAAGGUUGGGGCUGAGGCGGACGAGGUGGAGAGAUUGUUGGAUGGAUUGGCAAGGGUCUGCUAGACAUGGUCCGAGCUUGAGCCUUCGCAUCUGUGUCUGUCGAGAGAAAUCAUGCAUCCUUUGUCACCAUCA